AUGACCCAGCAUGAUCACAUGACCCAGUGUGAUCACAUGACCCAGCGUGAUCACAUGACCCAGCAUGAUCACAUGACCCAGCGUGAUCACAUGACCCAGCAUGAUCACAUGACCCAGUGUGAUCACAUGACCCAGUGUGAUCACAUGACCCAGCAUGAUCACAUGACCCAGCGUGAUCACAUGACCCAGUGUGAUCACAUGACCCAGUGUGAUCACAUGACCCAGCGUGAUCACAUGACCCAGUGUGAUCACAUGACCCAGCGUGAUCACAUGACCCAGUGUGAUCACAUGACCCAGUGUGAUCACAUGAUCCAGUGUGAUCACAUGACCCAGCGUGAUCACAUGACCCAGCGUGAUCACAUGACCCAGCGUGAUCACAUGACCCAGGAGUGUGUGAUCACAUGA